UGUCGCAGUGUGUAUGGGUGUGUCACGGGUCAGACACACGUGUCACGGGCUGGACACGUGUGUCACGGUGUGCACAGGCGUGUCACGGGUCACACACAUGUGUCACGGGCUGUACACGUGUGUCGCAGUGUGUAUGGGUGUGUCACGGGUCAGACACACGUGUCACGGGCUGGACACGUGUGUCACGGUGUGCACAGGCGUGUCACGGGUCACACACAUGUGUCACGGGCUGUACACAUGUGUUACAGGGUGCACGGGUGUGUCACGGGCUGUACACGUGUGCUCCGGGACACACGUGUGUGUUUCAGGCUGCACACGCCUGUUUCGGGGUGUACACGUGUGUUAUGGGGAGCACGGCUGUGUCAUGGGCUGGACACGUGUGUCACAGUGUGCACAGGCGUGUCACAGGUCACACACAUGUGUCACGGGCUGUACACGUGUGUUACAGUGUGCACGGGUGUGUCACAGGCGGUACACAUGUGUUUCAGGACACACGUGUGUGUUUCAGGCUGCACACGCCUGUUUCGGGGUGUACACGUGUGUUAUGGGGAGCACAGCCGUGUCACGGGCUGUACACGUGUGUCACAGUGUGCACAGGCGUGUCACAGGUCACACACAUGUGUCACGGGCUGUACACGUGUGUUACAGUGUGCACGGGUGUGUCACAGGCGGUACACAUGUGUUUCAGGACACACGUGUGUGUUUCAGGCUGCACACGCCUGUUUCGGGGUGUACACGUGUGUUAUGGGGAGCACAGCCGUGUCACGGGCUGUACACGUGUGUCACAGUGUGCACAGGCGUGUCACAGGUCACACACAUGUGUCACGGGCUGUACACGUGUGUUACAGUGUGCACGGGUGUGUCACAGGCGGUACACAUGUGUUUCAGGACACACGUGUGUGUUUCAGGCUGCACACGCCUGUUUCGGGGUGUACACGUGUGUUAUGGGGAGCACAGCCGUGUCACGGGCUGUACACGUGUGUCACAGUGUGCACAGGCGUGUCACGGGUCACACACGCGUGUCACGGGCUGGACACUACCACCAGCACCGCCAGUUCCCCCGGCGCUGUUCGUGCGCCCAGUUCUCCCAUACCCCUAA